AUGGAAAAUCCAGGCUCUACAGAACACAAAUUGGUCACAAUUCACACUGAAGUUUAAGAAGGAAACAAUAUGAUCAAGAAAAAUUAGUAAAAAGGGGCUUAAUCACUUCUUUAAAUAGAAGAAAGUCAUAACAUGAAGAGUGAUUUGAUGAUGUUAGAUGAUAAAAGUGUUAUGAAAUAAUCGCAUCACUCAAUAUUGUCUCACUAAAAUUAAAAUUUAUAAAUAUAAAACAAUCAAUUAAUAAAGAGAGCAGUUUCUAAUAAAAGUAUUAAUUUUUAAGAUCAAAAAUAAAAUGAAAUUUUAAAAGCUUAGAAUAGUGGCUUUCCUCAUGAUUUUAACUAAAACGAGUAAGAAUUAAAUCUUGUAAAUGAUCCUUUUAAAAUAAACUAGAACGACUAAAAAAUAAUAACAGAGAACUUUGUAACUAAGUUCACAAAUGAAUUAAAACAUCAAACAAGUAAUUAGCGAGAACAAAUAAAAAUAUCAAUUAAUCUUAGCAUAAUUGUUAAACUUAUAAAGGCUGUCAAAGUAUUUAAAUCAUUUCUUAUUCCUUAAAAGAUACCUUCUAAAUAAGCUCGAAUAAUUUAUGAUUUAUCAUACUAUGAUAUUUAACAAAAACACCACAGUAAGAAAAAGAAUAAUUCUUUAAAAAAUGCUUACAAAAAAUUCAUUUUGUACUCUUAAAAGUAGAAUAAAAUCUCUGUAUUUUACAAUAAAGCUAAAGAAGAGGUCAGUCAGUUCACAUAAAAGUUUUUUAAGUUUUUGGAUGAAAAUUUUCCAGUAAUUUAUACAUUCAAUCCUUUAAAAGUGAUAUUUGAUAUUUUCAAGAUACUUGUAACUAUUUUUGCUAUAUUCAUUAAUACAGUAGAAGUUUGCUUUGAUUUGAAUUUUAGUGAAUUAUAUCCUGACGUUUUACCUAAAAUUAGAUAUUCAAUUAUAACUUUUUAUGCAAUUUGCAUGUUUCUAAGUUUAAAUACAUCAAUAUACCACAAAGGGUUAACUGAGUAGAAAAGAUUAAAAAUAUUUAAAAUUUAUGUUUCCAAAAGAUUUAUUUCUGAUGCUUUAUCUAUAAUAUCAUUUGUUACUUUUGAUUCGAUAUAAAGAGUCUUUAGAGAUCUUAUCAAGCUAUUUAUACUGGCCCAAAUUUAAGUUGCUUCAUAGAAGUUAUAAAAUUUUUAAGAUUUCUCACAUACAAUGUACAAUAAGAAGCUAUUCUACGUAGUGAGAUUAGUAAAGCUCUUACUUGUUAUUAUAUUUGUUGCUCAUUUUGUUGCUAUCUGUUUUUAUGGACAAACUCUUAUUUUUGAAUUUUCUAAUGAUCCGAAUUGGGUAAAUUCAAGCAAUUUGAUAAACACAAGAGAUGUUUGGUACAUAAAGUACAUCUUUGCUCUAUAUUUUUCAGUAACGACUAUGAUGACAGUCGGAUAUGGCGACAUAACACCAAAAAAUGUGUAUGAAGCUAGUCUUUGUAUUAUAUGCAUGUUCAUAUCAUGUGGUGUAUUCGCAUAUAGCUUUAAUUUAAUAGGAUUGAUCAUUUAAGACAUGAAUAAAAAAGAAAGAUACUUCAAGAAAAAGAUAAACAAAGUAAAUCUCUAUUUGUAAGAUAGAAAUAUAGAUGACGAACUCAAAAAUUAGGUUUAGAAAUUUUAUGAAUACAAAUUUAAACACAGCAAAAUUCUUACAAAAGCUGAUGAGGAGUAAAUCUUGUAGGAGAUUUCACCGUAUUUGCUUGAAAAAAUAAUAUUUCAAACUAAACAGAAGAUUUUGAAUAGUGAAAAGAAAAUAUUUGCUAGAUUUUCUGAGCAGUUUAGAAAUGAGCUCUGCUUAAAGUUAAAAGAAGUUCAUGUAAAUAAAGAUGAAAUACUUUUUGAAGAGGGAAGCAAGUCAGAUGAUCCAUAACUUUAUUUUAUUCACAGGGGACAUAUUGAAAUUUAUUAUAAGAAUAAAUACAAUUUAGAAGGAAUAACUUUAAAAUGUUUGUCAAAUGGCUAAAUCUUUGGAGAAAAUAGCUUUUUACUCAAUACAGAAAAAUCGGCUAGUGCAAAAGCUGCAGAAUCUUCUAUAUUAUACACUCUUUCUAGGUCUGAUUUCCUUGAUUAGCUAUCACAUUUUACAGCUGAAAAAGAAAAAUUUCACUUUAUUAUCAACAAUUUACAAUUUAGAUAGUCAAAUACAAUUAUCUCAUAGUAAUGUUACUGCUGCCACAGCGAAAAGCACAACAUUAAAAGAUGUCCUAAGCUGCAUUAUUAACCUGACAGAGAUUUGGUCAUUUUAAAAGAAAAUUUUUCAAAACCACAAAGAAAACGCAGGGAAUUCAGAAGAAAAAGAAGAAAAGAAUCAGGCUAUUCUGUGCUAAUUAUUUCUAAACAAUAUCAACUUGAAGAACCAAUUGGGAUACAAAAGGAAAAUUUAGAAUUCCCAGAAAAUAAAGAAACUGAGAAAGAAACACUGUUGUCUGAAACAUCAGCAGACUAAGAAUCUUCAGGUAGCAAAAGUGAGCACAAAGAACCAAUCAAAACUUUAGCAAGCUUAAAGACUUUUAUGCAAGAUAAGAGCCCUCAUAAAUUGAAAGCAGCUAAACCAGCAGAAACAUUUUCUCACUUUCCAAAAGAUGACGAAGAAAUUUAUAGAAUCUAAAGUUAAUAAAGCUAAGCGAAGACAAUGCAAUUUGAUUAGUUUAAAGACUACUAAUCUACUAAUAAUAUAUUAAUUAAAUCCAUAGCUGCUGAGCAAUCUAGUACUCUAAGACCAAGAAAUAUUUUGAGAUAUCAAUAAUAAUAUGCACAUUAGAAUUAAUAUAGACAAGCUAUUAAUAUAGAUAAAUAGAAUGAAGAAGAUUAAAAAGCUAGAGUGAAAGCAAAAGAAUAAUUUAUAAUUCCUAAAAUGUCUUUUAAUGAUGAAGUCUUGAAUACAAGUGACAUUACUUAAGGUGAAUUUGAUGAACAAAGGUACUCGCCAAUAAAUCAUUUACCAAAAUCAAUGCCAUCUUCAAGAAAUUAAUCUAUUUUUUAGAGACCUCUACCCAAUUUAAGUAAAGAAAAUAGUUCUAAAGACUUCCAUUAUUCUAGCACAAUAAGAGAUUUAGUUAAAUUUAAAGAAAAGUUUUAACAAAAUCAUCAAAAGUUAGCUUCAAUAUCAAUGAAUGUCUCUUGUAAAAUGUAAAGAAAAUCUAUUUUGAAGUCAAAUACAACUAAACCCAAUAAUGAUCAAUUCCAAAUUAUUUUAAAAAGUACUGAUCAAUAAAAAUAGAAUGAAAUGCUCUCAUCUGAAAAUAUUGAUAUAAGCGAUAAAAUGAAAUCAUUCAAAUACUUUUAUCCAAACUUCAAUUACCAAAAAAUAAUUUAACAUUAUAACAUGCUCAGCUCAAUAUAAAAUUGUAAAUUACCACAUUAUUUUAACGUUUAUUCCUUUUAUAAUAGAAAAGAUAAAAAUCUUAGAAAUAUGGCUGUAAAGAUAUAAAAAUCAAAACUCAAGCUGUUAUGA